AUGGAAGAAAUGGAAGUGGAUCAGCCACAACCACACCAUCAAAGUGAGAAACAAAUAUUCCAUAGAUGCGCGAGAGAUAAAGCCAGAGACUUUCGUGCUAAAAGCUAUGGUACUCUUAUUCAGCCCUAUGAGUUUAGUUGUUCUCAAAAUGGAGUACUUGGAGAAAAACAUGGUUUUAUACAUUAUUCAAAUAAAGCAAUAGCUUUUGCUGGGAAUCCGGAAGAAGGAUUUGAUUCAACAGAAGUGCAGAAACUAGCAGCUACUUUCUUAGUUGAGAAUGAAUUGCCCUUUAAUCAGCUAGACUCAAUUGGGCUGAACCCAGAAAUUGAUAUAGGGAUUGUUAAGACCCAUGGUGUCGCCUAUAAUAGGGAGAUUGCAAGAACUGUGACAGCUUAUGCUCACAUCCCCCAAAGUGUAGACUCCUGGUUAAAUUCAUUAAGAAUUCAAGGUUCCGUUAACGUUCCCACAAUUUUAAAAGAUAGUAUUAGGGAUUUGUAUGAGCUACUUGAGAGGUUAUGGGACAAAAACAUGACAGUAGAUGAUGUGCACCUUAGUGGAACUUAUGGUCUCAAUGGCGACAUGAUGCAAAUUAAGCCAUCCCAUGUUCGUGUAAGGAAUCUUGGUGAUGCUAGGCGGCCUUUGCAAGGUUGGGCAGACAUGAUAUUCCACAAUAUUUUGAACCGCUGGACAAAUGAUGUUGAACUAAGUCACUUUCAUCAAUUCCUCCUUAAUCCAAAUAUAUGCAAAGAAGAUGUCCUCAAUCAUCCAUUCCUAGGAGACUCCGGCGCUAGGGAGGGCAUGUACAAGGAAUUGUUUAAAAGAAAAUUUACCCAACGUCAAAAAGAUUGGUUGCAGAACAACAUUAACACACAAGGGUGGCAAGUCCAAGUUGAUCCUGCUGAUCCAAAUACAGAUUUUGGUUUUAGAGAGAUUAUGAUUUUUCAGAAAGAAAAUAAGUGGGCCACAGCGUUUGAGCCAAAUACUUGGGGUGCCUUGCACUUUGCAAAAGUAGCCGUAUCCCAUUAUCACGAGCAUGAUCCUGUCGGGCAUCCCCAGCUUGAUGCUAAGCUAAAGGAUCUUCUACCUGGACUACUUGUUGGAGUAUAUGGUGCAACGUUUAAUCAGGGCUUUGUAAAAGGUCCCGGAUGA